AUGAAUAAAUUAAAAUCGUCACAGAGAGACAAAGUUAAAAAGUUCGUCGCUUUUACACAGACGAGUGAGAGCACGGCAAUAUACUGUUUGUCUCAAAAUGACUGGAAACUAGACUUGGCGAGCGACAACUACUUUCAGAACCCAGAAGCAUACUACAAGGACCCCGUCAAGGCGUCAGUGGACAGAAAGAAGCUCGACCAACUGUUUACAAAGUACAAAGACCAACAGGAGAACGACAAGAUCACUGUUGAUGGUGUUAUGAAGUUUUUAGAAGACCUUAAUUUAAGUCCUGAGUCAAUUUUAGUUCUUAUUAUAGCAUGGAAGUGUAAAGCAGCUGUGCAGUGUGAGUUCACGAAGGAAGAGUUCAUGACUGGCCUCAUAGAGCUUGGAGUGGAUAGCAUAGACAAAUUAAAAGGAAAGUUAGCGACUCUGGAGACAGAAAUAAAAGAUCAAAAUAAAUUCAAAGACUUUUAUCAUUUUACAUUCAAUUAUGCUAAGAAUCCGGGACAAAAAGGUCUAGAAUUGGACAUGGCGAUAGCCUAUUGGAAUAUUGUGCUCCGUGGGAGGUUUAAGUUCCUAGAUGCUUGGUGUAAAUUUCUCACGGAGCACCAUAAAAGAUCCAUACCAAAAGACACAUGGAAUCUACUGUUAGACUUCGCGACACAGAUCGACGAUGGCAUGAGCAACUACGACGCGGAGGGCGCGUGGCCAGUGCUCAUAGACGACUUCGUGGAGUGGUGCCAGAAGCAGGGUCUGACCGCGGACGCGGUUAAAGCGAUGGAGCCGGCGUCCGGCUAG